UUGACGCAUUUUUUGCAGUUUCUUUGAUUUUUGGAAGAUUUUUGAAACGUGAUCGAUACAUAGAUGAUGUGAACGAGAUCGGCGGGGGGUUUCCGUGCGCCCUCUCGGGGUGUGAGUGAAAGUGUGAAUGGGCUUCAGUUUGUGAUGAACCCGGGAUCCCGGGACGAAUUACGAUGGAAGAAAUCAUUUUGAGUGAGAAACCUCCGAAACCCGCCAAAGAUGAACCCGAGAGAGUCAGUCGCCCCAGGACACCCAAGUCUUACUGGUACCGCUAUCAUCAAGAAAAAGCCAGGGAUGAAAUCCGCAAAAACGCCAAGAAAGUUUCCUCAUCGCAAAUGCAACACAUUAAGGACGCUGUGGAGCAGAAAAGGGCGAGACAAAAGUCCAAGAAUCUUGACCAAACUUCUGAUACCCUGGUAGCUAAUAAAAGACCAGACAGGGAAUGCGAAGAUGAGAAGCCGACAUUCGACGGUAAACACGACCAGCAAAGAAGCAGCUCCUCUGGAAACGCGAAAUUCAUCAAUCACAUGUUCACGAUAUUGGAUGGGGAAUACGUUGGUCUGAGGCUAGCUCUGAAGAGACGCAGUUGGUUGGAAGUGCCUCAUUUCAUGAACAAGAAUUCAGAAAUGUCGCUGGAUGCCCUGGAAAACCUUGUCUACCGGUCACUUCGAUCAAACCGCGUGCCCACUUUCAUCUGGACAAAUUCCAAAGAUCUCGUCAGAUCCCUGCAUCGAAAUCAAAUCGUAUCCAAGUUCCCGACGUCCACAUUCACUACGAAGGUGGGAUUGUGCAAGUGUCUUCAGGAUGUUCACUGGGUUUUGAGUGAGCCCUGUUUUGGACAGUUCAAGUACUCUGGUGCAGAAGAAUUCUUCCCUCGCUGCUAUAUUAUUGGUGGAUCCGAGGACAAGGAGCCCUUCAUCCGCGAUUACAUGGCAACUGCAUACAUUUCCGUCGUCAAGUGGGUCGUGGAGAAGUAUCAUCCCGGUCCUGUUGGGUCCGGUAUCGAGUCCCCGACCGGAGAAGUUCCUCAUCGGGUGAUUACUGAGGCCCAGGCACGGAUUCGGGAUUUGAUCAAAUCCUGGGACGACGUGGACUGCGCUUAUGGCGACGGGAUCCAGACGAAGAACCCCGAAUUUUUGGAUCAGAGGCAGUUUCUGGCCUUCUUUUACAAGUUGGUUCAUGCGGGGGCCGCGUUGGAGCUGACGGACGAGGAGAAUGUUUUGGCAUUGUACAACGAAUGCUACGAAUUGAUUGAACGAGUGGAAGCGAUUUGGCCCGCGUCCAAAAGCGACGGAGUGACAAACACGUGGAUUGUGAAGCCGGGUGCGAGAUCGCGAGGCCGUGGGAUCCUCGUGUUGAACAAGUUGGACAGCAUUAUGCAAUUCUCG